GGGGUAGGGGUCCAUUAUAGAUGUGCUCACAUACAUGCUCCACGAACUUCUGUUUCUUUUACUUUAUUUCAAUUCUUUUUUUUUUUAUCUAUUUGAAUGAAUCAUUUAUACAUCUUAUCGAUGUCUAUCACAUAUAUAUUUCUUACAUUUUUCAUUUAUAUUUAAAUGAAAUCCAAUCUAUUUCCCUCAUUUGCGCCUAUAAAUAGCAUCCCUCUCUCAUUCCCUCAAGUACGCUAACAUCAAAGCAAUCAACAACAACACACACAACUUGCUACUUCAAACAAAUACUUUCAAAGAAGAGAGAGAGAUAGAGAGAGAGACAAAGAGAGAUGGAGCAGAACAUUAAGUUUCCAGUUGUAGACUUGUCCCAGCUCAACGGUGAAGAGAGAGACCAAACCAUGGCUUUAAUCAACGAAGCUUGUGAGAAUUGGGGCUUCUUUGAGUUAGUGAACCAUGGGUUACCACAUGAUUUAAUGGACAAAGUCGAGAAAAUGACAAAGGAACAUUACAAGAAAUCAAUGGAACAAAAGUUCAACGACAUGCUCAAGUCCAAAGGUUUGGAGAAACUUGAUACAGAAGUUGAAGAUGUCGAUUGGGAAAGCACUUUCUACCUUCGUCAUCUCCCUCAAUCCAAUCUCAAUGACAUUCCUGAUAUGUCUGAUGAAUACAGGACGACAAUGAAAGACUUUGCGAAGAGAUUGGAGAAUCUUGCAGAGGAUCUGUUGGAUCUAUUGUGUGAGAAUCUAGGUUUAGAGAAAGGGUAUUUGAAGAAAGUGUUUCAUGGAACAAAAGGUCCAACCUUUGGGACAAAGGUCAGCAACUAUCCAUCUUGUCCUAAACCAGAGAUGAUCAAAGGUCUUAGGGCCCACACUGAUGCAGGAGGCCUCAUCUUGUUGUUUCAAGACGACAAGGUCAGUGGUCUCCAGCUUCUUAAAGAUGAUGACUGGGUCGAUGUUCCUCCACUCAACUACUCCAUCGUCAUCAAUCUUGGUGACCAACUUGAGGUGAUAACCAACGGCAGGUACAAGAGUGUGAUGCAUCGUGUGGUGACUCAAAAAGAAGGAAACAGAAUGUCCAUAGCAUCGUUCUACAAUCCGGGAAGUGAUGCUGAGAUCUCUCCAGCAUCAUCGCUUGUCGGUAAAGAAACAGAGUACCCGAGUUUUGUCUUUGAUGACUACAUGAAGCUCUACGCAGGAGUCAAGUUUCAGCCUAAGGAGCCACGGUUCGAGGCAAUGAAGAAUGCUUCUGCAGUUACAGGACUGAACCCAACAGCAGCCGUAGAGACUUUCUAAGAUACGGAGUUGAGAGUUUGAAGUGAAGCAAAGAAAGAAAGUCAUUGGUUCUUGUGUUGUGUGUUUACUUAAAGUUAAUAAGUUUAAGACUAAGAUUAGUGUUGAUAUAAUUAAGAACUUGGUGAUUAAUUGUUGGUCAAUGGUGUGUUUUAAGUGUGCUGGUGUUUAAUUAUGUUUACGGAAGAUAAUAAUAAUGAUAAUAAUCUGAGAAGUGUUCUAAUGUGUUUAUCAUCAAAAUUAUCAAGUGAAUCCCUCUGUUUCAGAGUUCAACACACAAAUGGAGCUAAACAUGCUUUUAUCAUUAAAAAGCAAAAACAAAACAAAGAUUAAAAGGUUUGAAACUUUAACAGAGUUUACAAAUUUAUCAAACAACCGGUCUGGAAAAAUAAUCACCUUUAAGGUGAAGAAGCUAAACCUGAAAAAAUCAUUCAAGUGUGAAUCCUCAAAUCCAGCAAGAACAGAAGUUAUACGAAUGAUUCCAUAAUCAUUCCACACACCUUUGAGGUUCGUUUUCCAAUCACACAACCACUCACUCAUUAUGCGAGGAUCGGUUUCAGUUUCAUAGCUCAUGAGGUUUCAAGGUGCAGCUACCUUUUUCUCACCUCCUUCGUUAGCUGCAGCUUCGUUGGAACAAUGGUUCUUAACAACCGUUUCUAUGUCAGCUUCAGAAGCACCUGCAAGUUUGAAUCUUUCAACAGCUGAGUCGAGAUUCUUCUUCCAACCAUCGAUCCCGAUUUUGCAUUCCACCUGCGACCUUUCAAACAGCAUGUUCCCCCAAAACAAAUGGAUCUGCGAUCUCAUUGCAGUCGCUUGUUCCGCUGCUUCCUCGGCUGUGAUUGUAUCCGAAACCUCUUCGUUCCCAUCUCCUCCUUGCUUCUUUCUCCUCUUCGAAACUUCCUCUUUCUUGCUCGAGUUCGGGUCUUUAAGCUCCUCCAUCCUCUGUUCUUCAAGCUUCUCCCACAUCUUUGUAGCGUCUUUCAUCUUCUCCUCUGCGCUGUCAAAGAGCUUCAGGGUCUCUGCUGGAUCCCAACCCGAGAUAUCGAUCUUCUGAGCUAGCAAGUAAGACCAGUGUAGCUUCGCCAUCUCGAAUUGCUGCUGUCCUAACGCAAGCAAGCCCUCGUAGAAAUCGGGUUUGAUCGUGAGUGCGUGUUCAUACUUAUCCUUUGCCAAUGUGUAUCUCUCCUUCACCCACUCGUAAGCGGUUCGAAGCUGUGACGCAACCACUUCUUUUCCUGCGGAAUCAUCCAAAGGAAUCCGCUUUCUUGCAGCACACAUGUGAACAUUCCCCCAGUUGAAGAAAGCUAAAGCAGCCACUUCUUGGAACUUGGCAGAAGCUUUAUCGAACAGAGGCUGAGCUUUUUCGCUUGUGACUGUCUCUUCGAGAGCCUCUGAGCAAAGCUCCAUUCCAAGCUCGUGCAAAUCGAUAUGAGCAUCAGGGUCAAUACCGACAUGAGUACGGAAAAGAUGAGCAAAAUCAAACAACCAAUCAUCCAUCUCCAGUUCUUUGGCCUCGGGAUCUUCGGAAGAAACCGCAUUCUCCUUCUCCACUUCCUUAUCCGGCUUCUCACUGCUGAUCUCUGUUGUUUCCGAUACUGACUCGCUCGGAGAUAAUACGGCUUUUUCUUCAACAUCCUUCUCUUCCUCAUCUUCCUCUACCAACACAGGCUCUUGCUCAGGACUCACAUCAACAACAUGCAAUCUCAACAUCCCAACGGAAUCAGACUUCUCGGUCUCAGGCUCUUUCGUCAAGAGACUAUCAGCGGCAGAUUCCGCCAGUUUGAGCUCCGCGGUAGAUGUUAUCGUCACCAAAUCUCCGUCGUUGUCUUUGUACUUUAUCAAAACCGCCUUCGAAGACGGGAAACGACUGCUCACAAUCUCUCUCAGCUCCUUAAACCUACAAUUCACAGGCAUUUGACCUAACCUUAUGUCAUGAUCAUAAACAAACUUCAACGGCCUCCACUGAACUUUCUUCUCUUGAACUUUCCCAACAACCGCCACAGACGAUGAAGAAGAAGACACAACCUUCGGAGCCGCCGCAUGAGCCUUACCAACACUCACCGAUCCAUUUUCAGUUACCGGAUUCGUCACCUUUGUACGCUCUACCUUAUUGCCAUUGUUAGUACUAGGCAAUGUAACAGACCCCACAGGCGAAGUAGGUCCCUUUUUGACGACGGGACGAGAAGGCAAACAAGGACCAAGUCCAGCGAUCGGACCGCCUAACGCAGCGGAGGCACCAAGAGCUGCAGGCGAAGGCCUGCUCUGCAAAUCUUGCUGAGGACCCAAAGCAGCUUUUAGCCGCCGAGAGAUCUCUCCCGCAUCCUUGUGAUUAGGAUCAGAGCCUAACAACACACUCACAUCCUCAACAGCCAAACCAUACUUCCCUACAGCUUCGUAAGCCCGAGCUCUUCUAAGCAAAGCUCGAGAAAAACCAGGCUGGACUUUGAGAGCCGAUGUACACUCAGAGAUCACCGAUUCGUAAUCGAUAGGCUUCAUCUGCAUCAAACAAGCAGCUCGGUUGCUGUGAAACAGGGCUCGAUCUGGGUGGUUCUUGGGAAGUAGCUUAAUCCCGUUCUCGUAUUGCUCAAGAGCGCCGACGUAAUCUCUUCCCUGAAACUUUUUAUUGCCUUCUUCCUUGAGCUCGUGUGCUCUUUUCCAGAAUACCGAAGCAUCGAAGUCAACACCGCCAUUAACACUCGUCGGCUUGGAUAAUCCCGAAGCUUCAGAUGAAUUGACCUGACUCGAAUUCGAAUUCGAGGCGUUACCACCACCACUACCCUUUUUCUUCCUUCCUCCAGAUUUCCCCAUAUCAAAUCUCCCCAGUAAAAACACAGACCCACUUGAUUAUUCCACAAACUACGCGAAAUCCAAAAUUCCGAUCGAGAAAUCUAAUACCAAUUCGAUGGAUUGACAGAAAGAGAGAGAAUUUGAUAAACCCAGAUACUUACAGGAAGAUAUCAGAUUGAAAAUGGAGAAAAAAUUCUUCGGAGGAACGAACAGGAAAUGCUCAGAUUCAGGUGACUACUGGAAGAGAAGAAGAUGAGGGUUUUAGAAAGUAGAG